GAACGACCCCUACGCGCUUGGCUACAUAGCGAUCAAGUCGCGGUGUACGUAAAGUUUAGAUCGAUUGUUUUAUUGUACCCUGACACUAUCAGGCUGACAGGCAGUCGUGGAUUAAUGUUUAUACAGGCGCUAGGAUCACAUCUGAGCGCAGUAAAAAGCGGCGAAGAAACAUUUGGUCACCACGUCCUAAGCUUCGGUCAGCAACUAUGACAGCUCGUGGGGCGUCAAGCUCAAGUGUCGUCGUGACAAAUCCAUCGGCACGAGGCACUGCUCCAGCGGCAGCAAGCGUGCAUGUUGCAGGCGUGCAGCGUACAAGAAACGCUUCUCACCACAGUGGCCCCGGUAUCAACGCGGGGUAUAAUGCGCCGCUACCAGCACGUUGUGAGGGGGCGUCAGCGACUACAUUGCCUGCGAAUGACUAUGCAGCUUUCGUAAGAGAUAUCGCGGAGCAAUGCAAAUGGACAGAGAAGGUUGUCCACAGCGUGCUGCGAUGCAUGCAGCACUCAAUUGAUCUAUACCGGUCAAACAAACUUGUUGCGUUCUUCGACAAGAUCGCAAGCCUCACCCCGGGUACGAGAAUGACUGCGUCGUCCUGCAUUUGCAUCAAAGCUAACCGAUACCUUCUCGUUUUCAGGUGUCACUUUCCAAGAUCUUUUCGCAGAUGCCCAGCACAUUCUUACUCAAUUUGAGCAGCGUACGCUACUGAGUAUUCUCGAACAUAUAUACAGUCAGCUCUCCGGUCUAAUCUGGUCCGUGUAUCACUGCCGCAGGUUUCGGCACAUUGAACGGAUUCGAGAAUAUUGUUCUGAGGGCACCCGAUGUCAACUCCUGCAUGGCAACCUCGGAGCAAGAGGCAAAAGGGCACGGGCGUCUGCCAAAAUCCGUGGUGAACGCUGCUCCGGCCACUGUUGAAGCACCAAGCGAUCUAAUCAAGGAGAACAUACCUGACCCGCAUCACCUUGAUGGAGCAGCAGAAACUAUGAUAGAUGAAGAUGAACAGGACUGUGAGCCUGGUGGAUCCCCAGCUUUCGGGUCCCCAGCCCAAAUACCGCAGACGGAUCUCGAGGAUGCUGUCACCGAGGAGUUUGAAGAUGAAGGGUCUCCCUUUCUUCGCGAGACCCUAGCUCAGAUACCCGAAACGCGCCUUGAAGAUGCUGCCACCAGCGAGUGUGAGCACCAACAAUCUCCACCUCUUGGGUCUCCAGCCCAGACACCGCGGACGGGUAAUGAGGAUGCAAUCGUCGACGAAUGUGAACAUGAACGGUCUACUCCUCCUGGGUCUGCAGCACAAACUCCUCAGACAGGAAAUGAGGACGGCGCAGAUGAACACAGCUCGAUCACGGCAGGAAAGCAGUCCAGCCCAGGUAUAGUUCAUGUACUAAAUUGUGAUGGUGUUGGUUCACUUAUAUUGUUUUUCUUCCUUUGCUACCACCGAAGAGGACACGUGGGACGAUGGGGCGGGUGCUGAUGCCGAUCUUGAUGACGACGGCCUCGAUAACCAAUCUGUUGGUUCGUCCGAUAACGCCUGUGCGUGUUGCGUACGACAUGCGUUGAGCUUAGUGCAUGUAGAAUCUGACAAGUGAUUAUGUUCGAUGCGCAGGGUCGGGUUCGAGUGCUAAGUCUGAUACAAAGGAUGCCCGCCAUACACAGGAAGAUUCAUCGUACUCGCUUUCAAGGCAUUUUGGUUCUGAAAGUUCAAAGAAGCCAUUGAAGCGAGGUAAAGACGAUCAAUACGGAAAGAAUUUUGAUCUGGCCAAGAAGCGCCGACUGGAUGAGAAGUCAACAAUGACAAAGCAUGAGGACGACGACGAGGAGGAGGAGGAGGAGGAAGAAGAAGAGGAAGACGACGCGGAAGACGAAGGCUAUGAUGAAGGAGAUGAUGACGACGACUAUCAAAGCCACAAGGCUGAUGAUGAAAGCGCCACGUCGAACGACGAGCAUGAGGGAGCUACGCAUCCACUACAAAGCAUCCUCGACUCACUGGAAUCGCAUAUUGCGGAACUACAAGAGAAGCAGCGGGAGCUCAUGGAACGGAAGGAAGAGCGUGAAUGGCGUCAGCGCCAGUACGUCGAUCACGAAUUCGGCAUGCACUUGAGUAUGCGCUCUUUUGCCUCGGACAGAUAGGUGCGAAA